CGUGGCUUCGGGACGGAUUUCGUCCGUUUCGAAGGCGCCGACAAAUCCCUGUUCAGCCGAUUCAUUAAUUACAGGUGUACUUGUAUAUCUUAUCUGGAGAUAAAAACAGAAAAGGGGCAGAAGUGUUGUUGCAGUGAUGAAGUGAUGACACCAUGAAGGAGAGCCAUAGGACUGCGAGCAUUUGUGCAGGGAUAUACGCCCUGAUUCAAGGGAUUGUUUGGGCCCUCCUGGCGAUCUAUUCCUGCGCUAUUUACGGGUGCGUUGUGGAUUUCCCGUUCCGCCUUGAGGAAAGAAUCACGACUUCUCGCCUCCUCUACCUAUCGUACUUCAAAGGAUCAUGCAGGGCUCCACCGGGAUUGCCUUUAGUCGAAGCACCAUCGGCCAUAAGAACCUACUACUGGAUGUUGAUCUAUGGUGUAGUAAGUUCACUAUGGAUUCCAACAUCAGUGUUACUUAUAGUUGCCGCUAUGAAUAAGAUCAAGGGAAAGAUGGGAAUAUGCCUUUAUUAUCCUUGGAUAAUCAAUGCCGCUACUAUACAAAUAAUCGAUCUUGUCGCUUUUAUAAUCUACACAAUAGACAUUAAGCAGACUAUGACAGUUUCUGAUUAUGAGAAAUUCAUAAAUCAAACCGAAAAAGUGCCUGGUGCAAAUGGCAUAACUGUAGUACCAGCAAUAAUAAUGGCUUUGUUGUUCUCGAGAGGGAUCAUAUUUUGGUUAAUUAACUUGAUUCUACUCGGCAUCGUAAUUCAGGCUGCUCAUUCCGUUUCAAAAGUCUCUCCGACCUCUGAAUUCAUCGAGUCAGGGACCAGGGUGAGCCCGAUAGAUCCAGUGGGAGCGAGGUGGUUCAACCCUUCAGAAAGCAACGUCAUCCUAUCCGGCCUCCCAAGAGUGGAUCAGAGGAAACUGACGCCGAGCCCGAUUUUCUUGAGAAACGCUGAACAGCCCGAUUCUCCUCAGUCUCCGAUCUCAGAAAUCCCGCCACCCCCAAUGAUGAGGGAGCCUUCUUUAAGACGAACUCAAUCCGCAAACAAUGUUUACGAUGUGUACGGAAGGCCCACUACGGAUGCGCUUCCCCAGAACUCUCCUAUUUACAGAAGAGGACAUCAUGAAAACACAGGCAACGGGGCACUAAACAAUCAGUUACCAUGGUCGUACAUAAAUCCACAGGAACUUAGCACAAAAAAGCACGAACUCAAAACAAUUAAAGGAGUGCCAAAACCACCUAUACCUGUUCCAGACUAUUCAAUACGCUACGAACCAAAAUUGAGGGUGAAUUUGUCUCGUUCUAGUUCUUCGGUCGUCCCUAGUUCUUCUUACGGCCAUAAAAUGUGGGAAAGCGACUCUAGCGAAACAAAGAGAGCUCCAAGGAGGUUGUAUUGAAUUUUAACAAAAAUUGUCGAAACAAGUGUUUUGCUUAUUCAUGCAUAAGGUAAUGCACUUGUUUUUUUUUGGUAAUAUAUAUUAAACAACUUAAACAUGAAA